UCUCCUUCAUUUCCCACUCCUCGCUUCUCUUCUUCUUCCUCUCUCUCUCUCUCUCUCUCUCUGAUGAGUUUUGUAAAAGCAUCCAAUUUCGGCUCUCUUUCUCUCUUCUCAAUCUCUAUAAAUCCUAAUUCAUCUAAAUCUCGUCUUUCCAAACGCAAUGUCUUCUUAUUCUCUCCAAUCUCUUCUCUUUCUUCUUCUCCAAUCUCUUUCCGUACAACCCAGCUCCGGAACCCUAGGGUUUAUGCCGACGGUGCCGAAACUUCCGUCUCGGGCCGAUUUCUGGGAGAAGGAGGAAGAGGAGGCGGAGUUUCGAAUGAGUUUGAGGAUUUAGCGACGGACGGACCCGUUUUCAAGAACACUCUGAGGCUUGUGGAGUGCUCGAUGUUUGCGGCGGUCGCUGGAUUGGUGUAUUUCCUGAGCAAUUCCCUCGCAAUCGAGAACUACUUUGGUUGCUUCUUCUCAUUGCCAAUAGUAAUAUCAUCAAUGAGAUGGGGUGUCGCAGCUGGUAGAAAAACUAUGGUGGCUACUACUAUGCUAUUGCUGACAUUGUCGGGUCCGGUAAAAGCAUCGACGUAUCUGCUUAUGCAUGGAUUAGUUGGUGUAGCCAUGGGUUCUUUGUGGAGGUUGGGAGCCAAUUGGGGUCUUUCCAUUGUCCUAUGCACAUUCGUUCGUGCAUUGGGUGCAAUGGGGUAUGUUCUAAUAUCCUCUUUCUUAAUCAGAGAAAAUAUCCUUGCUCUGAUCACCAUAAAUAUUCAUGCUUCUCUCACAUACAUUCUCGCGGCUGUGGGCAUUAAUACGAUUCCAACAAUGGAUGUAAUUUAUGCCAUUUUUGGAAGUGUGCUUCUGCUCAACUGUGUAUUCUUUGUAUUCUUGCUGCAUGUUAUAUAUGCGGUAUUCCUCACCAAGCUUGGGAUGAGAGGUUCUUUGAGAUUACCAACGUGGCUGGAGAAGGCAAUCUGAUGACAGCUUCAUUCCAAUUGCUGUUGCCUGCUCAGAUGCAUUUCAGAGAUGGGACCAAGACGGUGACAAUCAUCACAAAUACUGUUGGCACAGUCGACAUGGAUGCUGCAUUUACUGUAUGUGGUCAUCUCUAGCCUCAUGUUUGCGUCAACCACAUUGUCAUUGUGAUGAUAUUCUUAUACUACAUUCAUGCCGGUAGUUGCAGUUUUUAGGCUGUUACAUGAGCUUAGAUACGAUGUAAUCAUGUAAUGCUAGACUGCGAUAUGCACCGCACAUUCAUUUUGUGGAUAUUUACAGUGGCAAAUGAACCUUUUGUAUUGUGGGGCC